AAAGCGAUUGGGUUAGAAAGCGAGUGGCGGCAGUGAGUGCUGUGCUUUCUGAAACCGCAACUGCUCCUGGGCCCGUCGCAAUUGCAAAGUAAUCGCUAGCAGAGAAAGGCGAUCUGUUUCGGGGCCUCCCCCGAUCGGCGCAUCGAUGAGCUGCGAGGUCACUGUCCUGUAUUUUGCCAGAAGUGCUGAAUUAGCAGGGCUGCGUACAGAGACCAUUUCUGUGCCCCAACAGAUAACCUCACUGCAGCUGUGGAGAGAAAUUGUCAAGAGACAUUCCAGUCUUGCCGAUAUCGAAGAUCAAGUUAUCUUUGCCAUUUGUCAGGAGUACGUGCCCCUUGGGGACCAGCAGUUCAUCCUUCACACAGGGGACGAAGUUGCCAUCAUCCCACCUCUUAGUGGAGGUUAGCUCUAGGAAGAUACAG